CCCAGUGGAGCAUACCUUACCCCACCCAAUGGGGCAUACCCUAUCCAAUUUUACCGUGGGAACACAAGAAACCAGAGAUUCUGCUCCUGUUGAGGGUCCACUAGAGCUUCCGAUAGACGUGGCGGCACAAAAAGUAGAAACCAAAAGCACAAACUCGGGUCCUGUUAACCUCUCGCACGCUGCACCCUUGACCUUGAGAAGCGAACCCGCAAAAGUAUCCACAGUGGAAUCGGUAAAGGCCGCAGUGGAGGAGGAAGGGAACAGGUCUGAAGAGAUGACCUUGAGUUCCGUAACGUUCCACGUGGACCGGGUCAUGGUGGCGUCCUUCGAAGCCGACGAGCUCCUGCAAACGAUAUCGGUUCUGGAUGAACAGGCGGAACAACAGGCCCGGGAGCUGUUGGUCCGGACGGAGAUCGGAGCCGAGAGCUCGAGCGAAGACGAGCGCGAGGGCGAGAGCGAACGCCAGAGUUUAACCGAAGUGCUCUCGAAAUGGGACUCUUUGUCGGAGGACCUUCAAGAGUUGGAAGGAGAAAGUGUCAAGCUCCUCUUUAGCGCUCCUCCCGAGGCGGCCACCGGAGCCGAAGCCGCGACCCUGGAGACCGUAACUCUGGAAGAGGUUGGAGGUCUUGAAGCCGAACGAGAGCCCGGAGAGCGGCCGUGCGGCGUCUCGGAGGCCAUGAGCCAUGAGGCUGUGACCUUGGCGGAGGUCGAGAAGAAAUCUCUGAGUGAAACCACGAAUCUUCUGGAGGAAGUGGCCGAAAUCGUCGCCGGAGAGCAGAAGACGGAGGUGGAGGACGCGGCGCCGCCUGAAGAGACGCCCGAGGCUCCGUUUCUGGCUGAAGAUCUGCAGAUGGACGCGUUGGUGGGGGAGCUGCUCUUUUCCCUUCCCGCUCCUGUAACCGCGGUAACGGGAGACCAGAUCGGUCGGGGGACCGUAAGAGCGAAUACUUCGGACGCAACGGUUGCCGCCGGGUCAGUCGACGUCGAUGCAGCACCUGAAGUGACGGAUGAUCUGAAGGAGAUGCUGCCGGAGGAGGAGGAGGAGGGAGCGCAGGCUGGAACCUCGGGUAAUGAAGAUGGACAAGAGACACGAGAGGAUUUAGAUCCGGUACAGAGACUCUUCCUGGAGAAGAUCAAAGAAUACAACAACAUGCUCAGGCUGAAUGGAGGACCGUUGGAGGCGGAGCCAGACUACGAGAAGUACCUAUCAGAGGAGACGGCGAAGCUCCGGAGACUUCAUGGAGGAGGAGACCUGAGCAGCUUCCCUCAGCUCACCUUCACAGAGCCGCAAUGGGAUCAGGACACCAAAUGAUCCGUGACACCUACCCCCCCCCCCCCCCCCCCCACACACACAC